CAACAGAAACUGAUGCUAAAACUAAACAAGAAAACAAACUAACUGCUGAACAAAUUUCUCACCAAACCACCCACAAAAAAUUAACUACUGAAAUCAGAUUAAACCAGGAACAAACUGGCAUUAUUAAUUCCCUAGUCGACCGAUUAGCCAAAAGAGACAAAGAUUUAGCCCUAAUCCGGAAAGAAAAUCGCCAACUAAAAACUCGUCCGACCCAGGAGCAAUUAAAUGAGGCAGUCCAAAAUGCCCAAGCGGAAGAAGUUAACAAAUAUCGAGACUGA